UGAGGUUAAUUCGAUUCUAAAUCGGAUGUUAGAAUCCCUUGACCCAACGAAGGCAGGACUUACAGCUCGGGAAGCAUUGCUGAAGGAGCUCGCAGAAAAGUUGAAAGACAAUAGGUAUAUUCUGAUAAUCGAUGAUGUUUGGAACGAAGAGAUGAAUUUUUGGAGGGAGUUUAUGGAUUGUUUGUCGAAACUCAAUUCUGGUCCCGGAAGCAUUGCCAUUGUUACUACCCGUAGUGCUAAUGUUGCAUCAAUCUUUGAGACAAUGCCAAUCAUUGAGACAAUGCCGAGGUGUGAUUUGGAGGGCCUAUCGGAGGAGGAUUGUUGGUCUGUAUUAAAGGGUGAAGCACUACCAUCUUCUCUAGAUUCAGAUAAAGAGUGCAUUGGAAGGGCCAUAGCUAAAAAGUGUGCUGGUCUACCAUUGGCGGCAAAGGUUUUAGGAAGCUUGAUGCGUUCACAGGAAUGGUCGUCAAUUCUAGAAAGUAAAAUAUGGGAAUUACGAGAUGGAGAUGACCAAAUCAUGUCGAUCUUGAAGUUGAGUUUUGAUAAUUUAAGAGAGCCAUCAUUGAAGCAAUGUUUUGCAUAUUGCUCAAUGUUUGAAAAAGAUUGUGAAAUUGACAAAGAUGACUUGGUCCAACUUUGGAUGGCUCAAGGAUAUCUCCAUUCUUCUCCCAUGGAGGAUAAAGGUAAUGAACAUUUUAAUAUUCUAUUGCAAAACUCUUUAUUUCAAGAUGCUAGAAACCAUGAGUAUGCACAUAGAAGAGAAAGAGAAGAUGACCAUGGGUAUACCAUAUGCACGAUGCACGAUCUUGUGCAUGAUCUUGCUGAGAAAGUAUUCAAAUUUGAAAGCUUGACACGAGACUUGGAUCAGAUGGAUGUUGGAGCACUUGAUGAGAUUCAACAUGUUGCCCGAAUUUCUUCCACAACACUCGACAGAUUUCCACAAAGGAGAUUGCGGUCGUUGUUUCCUCCACGACGCUUUGAGUUCAGUAACAUCUUCCAAAAGUUUAGAGCUUUACGAACGUUGAAUUUAUUCCGUGUUGAAAUAGAGGAGUUGCCCAGUUCAAUUGGAAAGUUGAAACGCUUGAGGUAUCUCAACAUUUCCGAGACAGAAAUGAAAGAACUCCCUAAAUCUGUUGGCAAGCUGUAUAAUCUUCAAACGUUAAGAAUGUCAAGGAUGUGGGCUCUUAAAACGUUUCCUAGGGAAAUGGAAAAUUUGAUCAACUUGAGACAUGUUUAUUUCGACAAUAAUGUGGAAGUUCCAUUUGGGAUGACAAGAUUGACUCAUCUUCAAACGCUACCUUCCUUUAAUUUGGAUGAAGAUAGGCGUCAUAGACUUGAUGAGCUGGGCGGGUUAAAUGAAUUGAAAGGGAAACUAGUUAUUGGAGCAUUGGAAUAUGUGAGAGACAAGGAAGAAGCAAUGAAAUCAAAAUUAGUGGAAAAAGCAUACUUACAAAAAUUGAUAUUAAAAUGGGGGAAAGAAAGAAAUGGCAAUUUUCUUGACGAGGAUAUUCUUGAAGGGCUUCAACCACACCCCAACUUAAAAAGCUUGACGAUUGAGGAAUUCAAGGGUACUAAAUUUGCAUCUUGGAUGAUGAGAAAUUGUCAAGUAACCAAUCUCCGUCAAUUGAGAAUUAUGAGCUGUGAGAAAUUGUCGAGCUUGUGUUGUGGGUUAGAAUAUUGCCCAUCACUUGAGACGGUGGAAAUUAAGGAUUGCAGCAAUCUAGAAUCCUUCCAAAUUUCACCAUCCCAAUCUCUUCAGGAGUUGAAAAUAGUUGGUUGCCCAAAGCUAAGAUGCACUUCAAUUCACAGUCUGCCUUCACUCCGCAAAUUGGUUAUUGAAAAAUGUACGUCUCUUAAGGAGUCGGAAAACCUACAACAACAUCAGCAGGUGGAGGACUUGUCUUUAAACGGUUGCACAUCCCUCCGUAAAUUGAGAAUUAUGAGCUGUGAGAAAUUUUCGAGCUUGUGUUGUGGGUUAGAAUAUUGCCCAUCACUUGAGACGGUGGAAAUUGAGGAUUGCAGCAAUCUAGAAUCCUUCCAAAUUUCACCAUCCCAAUCUCUUCAGGAGUUCAAAAUAGUUGGUUGCCCAAAGCUAAGAUGCACUUCAAUUCACAGUCUGCCCUCACUCUGCAAAUUGGUUAUUAAAAAAUGUACGUCUCUUGAGGAGUCGGAAAACCUACAACAACAACAGCAGGUGGAGGAGUUGUCUUUAAACGGUUGCACAUCCCUCCGUGAUUUGUUUAUUGAAAAUUGCAAUGGAUUUACAAGUAUACUGAGUGGGCUCCAUUCUUGUACCAGUCUUCGCACACUAAGUAUUCGGCAUUGUCCAAAUUUGAGGACUUUGUCAGGUCAUGGGCUACAAACCCCCGUCUCUCUUGAGAAGAUGGAAAUAUGGGAUUGCCCUAAUCUAAAGGCUAUUCCCAGUUUAGACAACCUCACGUCCCUCACUGAGUUGAUUAUUAGGGGAUGUGGUGGAUUAAUAAGUCUUUCGAGUGGGCUUGCAUACUGCACAUCUCUUACCCAUUUGGAUGUCAGCUAUUGCUGUAAUCUAGAGGAUAUUCCCAGUUUAGACAACCUCACGUCCCUCACUGAGUUGAUUAUUAGGGGAUGUGAUGGAUUAAUAAGUCUUUCGAGUGGGCUUGCAUACUGCACAUCUCUUACCCGUUUGGAUGUCAGCUAUUGCUGUAAUCUAGAGGAUAUUCCCAGUUUAGACAACCUCACGUCCCUCACUGAUUUGAUUAUUUGGGAAUGUGAUGGAUUCACAAGUAUACUGAGUGGGCUCCCUUCCUGUACUAGUCUUCGCACACUGUGUAUCCGGGAUUGUCGAAAUUUGAGGACUUUGUCGGGUCAUGGGCUACAAACCCCCGUCUCUCUUGAGAAGAUGGAAAUACGGGAUUGUCCUAAUCUAGAGGCUAUUCCCAGUUUAGACAACCUCACGUCCCUCACUAAUUUAGAAAUUAGGAGAUGUGAUGGAUUAAUAAGUCUACCGAGUGGGCUUGCAUACUGCACAUCUCUUACCUGUUUGUGCGUCAGUGAAUGCCCUAAUCUAGAGGCUAUUCCCAGUUUAGACAACCUCACGUCCCUCACUGAGUUCAUUAUUUAUCGAUGUGAUGGAUUAAUAAGUCUACCGAGUGGGCUUGCAUACUGCACAUCUCUUACCGAAUUAAGGGUCAGUAAUUGCUCCAAUUUGAUAUCUCUGGCGGAUCACAAUGUGUCCAGCUUGCAAUCUCUAUCUCGUUUGGAAUUAUGUAAUUGUGGGAAAUUACAAUAUUUGCCCAAGGGGCUGCACUCUCUAUCUCGUUUGGAAGUGUUGUCGAUCGGUGCCUUCUGCCAAGAGCUCGAUUCUUUCCCUGAUUUUCAGGUCCCAUCGAAACUUGAAGAAUUAAAAUUGAAGGGGUGGCCUAAGCUCAAGUCUCUGCCUCAGCAAAUUCAACACUCUGCUUCUCUAACUAAGUUGGAAAUUUGGGAUUUCGAUGGUCUGGAGGCUCUUCCAGAGUGGUUGGGCAACCUCACAUCUCUUACUAAGUUGGGAAUUUGGUACUGCAAGGACCUGAUGUAUCUGCCUACGGUCGAAGCUACGCAACGCCUAACCAAAUUACAUAAUCUAGUGAUUCAUGGGUGUCCCCGUCUGGCAGAAAGAUGCGCCAAAGAUUUAUUUUUGGCCAGCGGCCCAGAAUGGCCAAAGAUUUAUCACAUUCCAGAUCUGAGAAUUAGAUGAUUGUCACUUGAUGAUUGAAAAGGCUCUUACCAGAGUGAUGACGGAACCUUUCAUGAAUCCACCAUCUAUCUAUUCACCGUUGUGGGAAUCUCAACUAUCUAUCUGCAGUAGGGAAGCCAAUCCAAAUUUUACUAUUGCGUUCUAAAUUCAAACAAGCCCAAGAUUUCUCGCAUUUCCCACAGUCAAGUAUGCACUUUUGUACAAGGUUGUGCUUCUUCUCACUGUGUGCACGUCCUCUCAACUCACAGAGUUUUAUUAGACCAAUUUUAUGGAAGCUCACUUAAGAAGGGAUUCCAGUAAGAGAAUUGCAUUAGGAGGGGAGAGCAAGCACAGCAUAACGGAAACUUAGAUGCACAAAAUAGCAGAUUUCGGUCUGUCCAUGGUUUUUUUUCCAGUGAUAAUGAGACUUGUGUGGUGACAUCGGUCAUGGGCAGAGCAGGUUAUCUUGAUCAAGAGUACUAUAGUUAUCAAGGGUUGCAUUAAAAAAAUUGAUUUUUACUGUUUUACUGGCCAACCUGCAAUCAUAGAAAGUGAUGAUUUUGUCCACAUAGUGCAGUGGGUGAACCCUGAGUUCCAGAAUGGGAUUUAACAACUAUUUUGUAUCGAAUGAUUCGAGGAGAGUUCGAUGUGAAUUCAGUCUGGAAAGCUUUAGAGACAGCAAUGGCAUGCACAACUAUCACCUGCCAACAUAGAGCCACCAUGGGUUUUGUGCUGUGCCAACUAACACAAUGUAUGGAAUAGAGGUGUCUACGCAUCAACAAAGAACUCCAGUCUAAAAUGAAGAAACUCAUAUUACGAUUUCACCUAGAAUGAUUUCAUGUAAAGUUGUGCAGCAUAAGGUACAAAUCCACACUGUCAUAUACGUUUUUCUGCUUUUUUGGUCAGAACAUUGUCACGCAUAAUAAAUACCAGGUAGUUCAUAGGCUGCAGUGAGACAAAGAGAGAAGAUGAUCUCAAUUGAUUUCCUUGUCCUACUGCUCUGUGCAAGUUUCAUUCAUGGAGAGCACCGAAUAGAUGGAGAAACACGUAACAAAACUCCUGUAGCAUCAGAAGUCCUAGUUCACUUAUGACGAGGUUUUAGAAAUCACCGAAAUCUUUAAAACGGAAAUCGGGAAAGGAGGAUUUGGGAUUGUAUACCAUGGCUAGUUGAAAUAUGGCACUCAAGUUGUGGUUCUACAUCGUCAUCUCAAGGAGCUAGCUCAGCUAGGGAGUUCCAAACAGAGGUUGAGCUCCCGAUGAGAAUCCAUCAUAGAAACUUGGCCUCGUUUAUUGGAUACUGUGUGAUACUGACAAGUUGGCACUUAUAUACAAGUACAUGCCUAAUGAAAACCUAAAAGAAUAUCUCUGAUCAGAAGCAGAUAGGAGCUCACAUAAACUUGGGAAAUGAGACUUUGGAUGGCAUUAGAUAUUGCGUUAGAUAGGUGCUUAGUGUUAUUUUUUGUGCUACUAUAUAUUCACAAUCCAGUAUUGUGCAUAGAGAUGUAAAGACUGCCAACAUUCUCCUGAAUUAAAACUUGGAUGCAAAAUAGCAGAUUUUGGUCUGUCCAUGGUUUUUCCCAGUGACAAUGAGACUCUGGUGGCAUCGUUCAUGGGCACAGCAAGAUACUAUAAUUAGCAAGGUUGAAGGAAAAAAAAAAUUGAUGUUUAGGGUUUUACUAGCCAACCUGCAAUCAUAGAAAAUGAUGAUCUUGUCCACAUAGUGGAGUAGGUGAAUCUUGAGUUCCAGAACGGGAAUUGAACAACUAUUUUGGAUCAAGGGCUUCGAGGAGAGUUCAAUGUGAAUUCGGUCUGGAAAGCAUCAGAGGCAGCUUUGCAUACCUCCCAACAUAGAGCCACCAUGAGUUUUGUGAUGUGCCAACUAACACAAUUUCUGGAAAUGGAGGUGUCUAGGCAUCGAGAAGGAACUCCAGGCUCAAAUGAAGAAACUCAUGUUACGAUUUCACCAUACCAUAAUUCACCUUGAGUGAAUUCCAGAUGUUCAUAUUCCACAAAUGCAGGUUCCAUGACAACACCAUUUGCUGGGUAGCUAGUUAGGAUUUCAUUGCAGCCAAAUGAAGAGGAGGCAGUUGUCAAUUUGGUCAUCAACUUUCAAGUACAAGUCUACUCCAUUUACUAAAGAUAAUAGUAACCAAAGACUAAAUACCAAUCACCAACGUCUGGCAGAAAGAUGCGCCAAGAACAGUGGCCCAGAAUGGCCAAAGAUUUAUCAUAUUCCAGAUAUCAGAGAUACACUUUUGUAGAAGGCUGUGUUUCUUCUCACUCUGUGCAGGUUCUCUCAACUAACACAGUUUUAUGAGACCAAUUUUGUGGAAGCUCACUUAAGAAGGGAAUCCAGUAAGAGAAUUGCAGUUAGACAGGAGAGCAAUCCCAGAGCAAUGAAAACUUGGACGCGAAAAUAGCAGAUUUCAGUAUGUCCAUGGUUUUUUCCAGUGAUAAUGGGACUCGUGUGGUGACAUCAGUCAUGGGCACAGUGUCCAGGCAUCCAGAAAGAACUCAAGGCUCAAAUGAAGAAACUGGCUUGAAUGAAGAAACUUGUGUUACGAUUUCACCAUUCCAUAGUUCACCUAGAGUGAUUUCCAGAUGUUCAGAUUCCACAAAUGCAGGUUCCAUGACAGCACCAUGCUAGGAGCUCGAUUUAUUCUGCAAAGAGCUCGAUUCUUUCCCAGAUUUUCAGGUCCCAUCGAAACUGGAAGAAUUAGCAUUGUACAGGUGGCCUAAGCUCAAGUCUCUGCCUCGGCCAAUUCAACACUCUACUUCUCUAACAUCUUUGUCCAUUUCUGCUUUCGAUGGUGUGGAGGCUCUUCCAGAAUGGUUGGGCAACCUUACAUCUCUUACAGAGUUGGAAAUUUCCUGGUGUGAGAAUCUGAUGUAUCUGCCUACGGUCGAAGCUAUGCAAUGCCUAACCAAAUUACAUAAGCUAGAGAUCCAAAGGUGUCCCCGUCUCAAGGAAAGAUGCACCAAGGACGGCCCAGAAUGGCCAAAGAUUUCUCACAUUCCAGUUAUCCGAGUAAACGGGAUAUUAGUCAGAAUCGGAAUCAUUGUCACUCGAUGAUUCAAAAGGCUCUUGCCAGAGUGAUGACAGAACCUUUCGUGUGUGGACGAUCUAUCUUUUCACAGCUGUUGGGAAUCUGAAGCAUCUACAGCAGUGGGGAAGCCAGUACAAUUUUUUCUGUGGUGUUCUAAAUUUAAAGAAAAUGCAACCUUUCUCACAUUUCCAACAGUCAAGUAUACACUUUUGUACAGGGUAAUCUGUUCACCAAACUAACACAGUUUUAUUAGACCAAUUUUAUGGAAGCCUAUUUAAGAAGGGAAUCCAGUAAGAGAAUUGCAUUAAGAGAGGAGGCAAUCCCAGCGCAACGAAAACUUGGAUGUGGAAAUAGCAGAUUUCAGUAUGUCCAUGGUUUUUUCCAGUGAUAAUGGGACUUGUGUGGUGACAUCAGUCAUGGGCACAGCGGGUUCUCUUGAUCUAGACAUGGGUUUUGUGCUGUGUCGUGUCAACUAACACAACGUUUGGAAAUGGAGGUUCCAUGACUGCAGCAUGGGUUUUGUACGAUUUCAUCAUACCAUAGUACACCUAGAGUGAUUUCCAGAUGUUCAGAUUCCACAAAUGCAGGUUCCAUGACUGCACCAUGCUAGGUAGUUCAUAGGCUGCAAUGAGACAGAGAGAUGAAGAUCUCAACUGGUUUCCUCGUCCUACUGCUUUGUGCAAGUUUCGUUCAUGGAGAGUGCUGAAUAGAUUCAAGCAAGUACAAGAAGAUCAUUGUUGUUCCAAUACUUGGAUCAUUACUUUGAACAAUACUUGGAUCAUUACUUUCAACAAUGGCCCUUCUUCAAGUUAUAGUGCUCUUACUGGUCUGGAAGCUGAGAAGAAUAAGAAAACCAGCUGCAGAUGGAGAAAAACAUAACAAAACACCUGUAGCACACCAGUAGCAUCAAUGAAGUCCCAGUUUACUUACGACGAGGUUUUAGAAAUCACCGAAAACUUUCAAACUGAAAUUGGGAAAGGAGGACUUGGGAUUGUAUACCAUGGCUACUUGGAAGAUGGCACUCAAGUUGCGGUUAAAAUACUUUCUCCAUCGUCAACUCAAGGAGCUAGGGAGUUCCAAACAGAGGUUGAGCUCGUGAUGAGAAUACAUCAUAGAAACUUGGCCUCAUUUAUUGGAUACUGUGAUGAUACUACCUGGUACUCAUAUUACAUACGAGUACAUGCCUAAAGGAAACCUAAAAGAAUAUCUCUCAGAUAGAAGCUCACAUGUGACUUGGGAAAUGAGACUUCGGAUAACACUAGAUAUUGCCUAUAGGACUAUUUACUUGCAUAAAGGUGCAAUCCACGUACUGUGCAUAGAGAUGUAAAUACUGCCAACAUUCUCUUAAGUGAAAACUUGGAGCAAAAAUAGCAGAUUUCGGUCUGUCCAUGGCAUUUCCCAGUGACAGUGAGACUCGUGGUGACAUCGGCCAUGAGUACAGCGGGGUAUCUUGAUCUUGAGUACUAUAAUUAUCAAAGGUUGACUGAAAAAAAUUGAUGUUUAGAGUUUUACUGGCCAACUUGCAAUCAUAGAAAAUGAUGAUCUUCUCUACAUAGUGGAGUUGGUGAAUCCUGAUUCCUGAGUUCCAGAACGGGGUUUUGAGAUCGAAAGAUUUGAGGAGAGUUUGACGUGAAUUCGUUCUGGAAACCAUUAGAGACAGCAAUUGCAUGCACAACUUCCACCUCUCAGCAGAGAGUUUUGUGCUGUGCGUUAACAGAGUGUUUGGAAAUGGAGGUGUACAUCUAGGCAUCGAGAAAGAGCUCCAUGCUCAAAUGAAGAAACUCGUGUUACGAGUUCACCCGGAGUAAUUUCCAGAUGUUCAUAUUCCACAAAUGCAGGUCCCAUGACAACACCAUUUGCUGGGUAGCUACUAGCUAGUUAGGAUUUAAUUGUAGCCAAAUGAAGAGGAGGUAGUUGUCAAUUUGGUCAUCAACUUUCAAGGACAAGUCUACUCCAUUUGCUAAAGAUAAUAGUAACCAAAGACUAAAUACCAAUCACCAACGUCUGGCAGAAAGAAUGCGCCAAGAACAGUGGCCCAAGAUGGCCGAAGAUUUAUCAUAUUCCAGAUAUCAGAGUUCAAUCGGGACUGGUACGAAUCUGAAUAAAGAAAGAUGCAACCUGCCCGACUGGCCCAAGAUUUCACACAUUUCCGACAGUCAAGUAUACGCUUUUGUAGAAGGCUGUGUUUCUUCUCACUCUGUGCAGGUUCUCUCAACUAACACAGUUUUAUGAGACCAAUUUUGUGGAAGCUCACUUAAGAAGGGAAUCCAGUAAGAGAAUUGCAUUAAGAGAGGAGAGCAAUCCCAGUGCAACAAAAACUUGGACGCGAAAAUAGCAGAUUUCAGUAUAUCCAUGGUUUUUUCCAGUGAUAAUGGGACUCGAGUGGUGACAUCAGUCAUGGGUACAGCAGGUGUCUAGGCAUCCAGAAAGAACUCAAGGCUCAAAUGAAGAAACUGGCUUGAAUGAAGAAGCUUGUGUUACGAUUUCACCAUACCAUAGUUCACCUGGAGUGAUUUCCAGAUGUUCAGAUUCCACAAAUGCAGGUUCCAUGACAGCACCAUGCUAAGACAUUGUCACACGUUAUAAAUACCAGGUAGUUCAUAGGCUGCAAUGAGACAGAGAGAUGAAGAUCUCAACUGGUUUCCUCGUCCUACUGCUUUGUGCAAGUUUCGUUCAUGGAGAUACUGCGAUAUUGUUCUGGACUAUGAUAAGAUGUACCAUCUGUCUUAGAUAACCUAUGAUAAGGAAGGCAAGGUGUGGCACAUGAUUUUGCAUCUUGCAUAUCAACCUUGGCUAGAAGAUCUUGAAUAUAUUUGGUUUGAGAAACAAACAAGCCUGUGUUCUUGUAAGUGAUCUGCAAACCUAAGAAGUAAUGUAAAUUGCCCAAGUCCUUCAUAUCAAACUCUUGUGUCAAAGCUAAAAUGACUUCAGACAUAAGAGAUGUACUGCUGCCAGUGAGGAUGAUAUCAUCCACAUAGAGUAAGAGGAUCACAAUACCAUUGGAUGUUUGCUUGACAAACAAAGAUGGAUCAGCAAAAGACGCUUUGAAGCCUAAACCAGGUAAGAAGCUUGUAAACUUCUCAUUCCAUGCCUGAGGAGCCUGUUUAAGACCAUACAAGGACUUCUGUAGUUUACGCCGAAUAGGUUAGCAUUUUCUUUAAUGAAAGCGAAUGGUAUUGCGUCCUUCAGAUUUAUAUUUUCUGUCUGCUUAUAAGUUCUUUUUAGCUCAGAUUCAAGCAAAUGCAAGAAGAACGUUGUUGUUCCAAUACUAGGAUCGUUACCAUCAAUGAUGACCCUCCCCUUCAAGUUAUAGUGCUCAUACUGGUAUGAAAGCUGAGAAGAACAAGAAAACCAGCUGCAGAUGGAGAAAAGCAUAAGAAAAUUUCUGUAGCAUUAAUGAAGUCCCAGUUUACUUAUGAUGAGGUUUUAGAAAUCACUGAAAACUUUCAUACUGAAAUUGAGAAAGGAGGAUUUGGGAUUGUAUACCGUGGCUACCUGGAAGAUGGUUUUUCCCAGCGAUAGUAAGACUCAAUAGUGGCAUCGGUCAUGAGCACAGUGGGGUAUCUUGAUCCCGAGUACUAUAAUUAUCAAUGGCGAAUGAAAAAAAUGAAGUUUAGAGUUUUACUGGCCAACCUGGAAUCACAGAAACGACAUGCAUAACUUCCACCUCCCAGCAUAGAGCCACCAUGGGUUUUGUGCUGUGCCAACAAACACAAUGUUUGGAAACGGAGGUGUACGUCUAGGCAUCGAGAAAGAACUCCAUGCUCAAAUGAAGAAACUCGUGUUGCGAUUUCACCAUGCCAUAGUUCACCUCGAGUGACUUCCAGAUGUUCUAAAUACCAAUCAUCUUUCUCACCACUCUUGAAUUAUCAUUGACAUUCACUAUCCGUCAAUAAUGUUUGAACUUUUGACUAUCUGUACUUUGUUGUAUUUAUCUAUCGUAAACUCAUCCAAAGGUUAUGAUUCUUAAA